GUAUUGCUCAAGCAAGAUUCUCAAUAUUUUGAAAUUUUCUUUGAUAGGGAGGAUGCAAUUCAGAAAAUUCAAGCACUUAUAGAGAGAGGCGACAAAGAAGAAAAGCAGCACAACACAGAUAUGAAGGAAUUAAUUAGAUUGAUUGAUCAUAAUAGAAAGCUUACUGACUACAUACGGGCUAAGGUCAAAGAACGUGAUGAGGAUCCUCAACUUCAUGCUUGGAGAGCCAAGAAAGCUGCAGAGGCGGAAAGUCAGCAAAAACAGACCGAAGAGACGCUGGACAAAUACGAGCAGGCUUUCAAUAAAAUGCUCAAACUAACUCAGGCUCCCAGUUCCGACAGGCUUAUGGAUAGUUACAUCCGUAAUGAAGAUAGAAACUUCUCACUUUUCAAUUAUAUUAUCGAAAUCUAUGAAGAGGUUGAACAACUGCAAACUAAAAUUGAUAAUCUAAGAAAGCAGAUAAUGGAGAAUCAAGAACUAGUAGAUAAAGAAACUGAGAGUAUAAACAAGGAACUGGAUUUUCUGAGGGCACUUAGCGAGGGCAUAGAUGAAAAUAAUAUUGAUAUUCAAGGAGAGUUUGAUAAAACACAAUCAUUCUUACAAGAAACAGCUGCCAUGAUCGGCGAUUUAAGUGAGAGCCUGCACUGUGAUACGAGUUUGAUUCAACAACGACUAUGCGCCUCGAAGGAAGUCACGCUUGAAACUUUACUUGAAUAUAUGGCUCUAGUUGAAGAAAGGGUUAAUAAUCUCCUAUUAAUUAGACAAAGAAUUGCUAAAGCUAAUGCCGAUGCACCAAAUUCAGUGAAAACAAAUUUCAUGGGUGGAAAUCUGAAAUCCAAAAGCGUGGCACAACCGAUAAUUGCUCCGCCUAAAAUCCCAGAAGGCUUUGAUGCUAGUAAGUUACCUCUAUAG